CCACGACGCCUAGAAUACUCAAUUGACUGAAGAAGACGACAACACGACGUCCAGAAUUCUAUUCAGAGCACUCUGGGUGCGCAGGUCGCCUCAAAGAUUUACUUUCAAUUAUCCACGUGCGACCAUGGCUACGAAUGCAGCUUCAUACAACCCAAUUGGGGAGGAAACCGGUCCGGUAUCUGGAGCUCCUCCUCCCGUCUCGAACGAAACCAAAGCUGCGCUGAAAGAUGCCACAAACUCUUCUGCGACUGGUUCACACACUCCGGGGCAAGAUGCUGGUAGCAAGGUUGGCACCGCAGAGGCUGGAGAAAGAGAGAAGAAAGUAAAGAGCGAGAAAGAGCUUGAAAGAGAGCGAAAGAAAGCUGAGAAGCAAGCCAAGUUCGACCAAAAGAAAGCUAAAGCUGCCACUGCGGCCCCAGUAGCUACCAGCAAGAAUAAAGAGAAGAAGGCUAAAGCUGAGAAGGAUGCUGAGAAAGAUGUUUUGCCACCUUACAUUGAGGAGACACCCUUAGGAGAGAAGAAGAUCAUCAAAUCCUUCGACGACCCGCAAUAUAAGGCUUACAAUCCAACUGCUGUCGAAUCUGCGUGGUAUUCGUGGUGGGAGAAAGAAGGUUUCUUCAAGCCCGAGUUCACAGCAGACGGCAAGGUCAAACCCGAAGGAAAGUUUGUGAUCGUCGAGCCUCCUCCAAAUGUCACUGGAAACCUUCACAUGGGACAUGCAUUGGGAAAUGCUUUGCAAGAUGUCAUGAUUCGGUGGAAUCGAAUGCACGGCAAGACUACAUUAUGGCUGCCAGGAUGUGAUCAUGCCGGUAUUUCGACACAGAGCGUUGUGGAGAAUAUGUUAUGGCGUCGUCAACAGAAGACCAGACAUGAUUUGGGAAGACCUAAGUUUGUAGAAACCGUAUGGGACUGGAAGAACGAGUAUCAUCAAAAGAUCAACACUGUCCUGAGAAGAAUGGGAGGUUCAUUUGAUUGGACUCGAGAAGCUUUCACGAUGAAUGACAACUUCACGGCUGCCGUUACAGAGACUUUCGUUACUCUUCACGAGCAAGGAAUUAUCUACAGAGCCAAUCGACUCGUUAAUUGGUGCACCAAACUCAACACUUCAUUAUCCAAUCUCGAAGUCGUAAACAAAGAGCUCUUCGGGCGGACUUUGCUUGAUGUUCCAGGUUAUGACAAGAAGGUGGAAUUUGGUAUCAUUGUUCACUUCAAGUAUGAAAUUGAAGGAACAGACGAGAAGAUUGAGGUAGCAACCACUCGUCCCGAGACCAUGCUUGGUGACACUGGUGUUGCCGUACAUCCCGACGAUGAACGAUACAAGCAUCUUGUGGGAAAGAAUGCCAUCCAUCCAUUCAUUCCUGGGCGUCUCAUGCCAAUCGUGGCCGAUGACUACGUUGAGAAGGACUUUGGUACUGGAGCUGUGAAGAUCACCCCAGCACACGACCCCAAUGAUUUUGCUCUCGGUACUCGCCACAACCUUGAAUUCAUCAACAUUCUCACCGAUGAUGGUAAUAUGAAUGAAAACGCUGGCCCAUACGUCGGACAGAAGCGAUUCGAUGUCAGAUAUACCAUCCAAGAGGACCUCAAGAAGGUUGGGCUUUACGUUGAUAAGAAGGAUAACGCUAUGACUGUACCAUUAUGCGACAAGUCUAAGGAUGUUAUCGAGCCCCUCUUGAAGCCACAAUGGUGGAUGAAGAUGAAGGAUAUGGCUGCAGCUGCUCUCAAAGUCGUAGAAGACGGUGAGAUCAAGAUUCUGCCAGAGUCUGCAGAGAAGAGCUACAUCCGGUGGAUGUCAAAUGUCAAUGACUGGUGUCUGUCACGACAACUGUGGUGGGGUCACCAAGCUCCUAUGUACUUCUGCAAGAUCUAUGGCGAAGAAGGUGACGAGACUGAUAAUGACCUUUGGUUUGCCGGUCGCACCCAAGAAGAGGCAGAAGUCAAGGCUAGGGCGAAGUACCCUGGAAAGAAUUUCACCUUACACCGAGAUGGAGAUGUCCUGGACACAUGGUUCUCGGCUGGGCUGUGGCCUUUCGCAACUAUGGGCUGGCCAAACAAGACCCAUGAUCUCGACACAUUAUUCCCAACAUCUGUGUUGGAGACUGGCUGGGAUAUUCUGUUCUUCUGGAUUGCCCGUAUGGUCAUGUUCAGUCUGAAGCUCACUGGCAAAGUACCCUUCACCGAGGUCUACUGCCAUUCUCUUAUCCGCGACUCCGAGGGAAGAAAGAUGUCGAAGUCACUGGGUAACGUCAUUGAUCCGCAAGACGUGAUUGAGGGUAUCAAACUAGAGGAUUUGCACAAGAAGCUUUUGCUUGGCAAUUUGGCGCCAGCAGAAGUUGAAAAGGCUACCAAGUACCAAAAGACUGCAUUCCCCGACGGCAUCCCACAAUGCGGUACAGAUGCUUUGCGCUUUGCGCUAGUAUCAUAUACAACUGGUGGUGGAGACAUUGCUUUCGAUGUCAAAGUCAUUCACGGAUACCGCAAGUUCUGCAACAAGAUCUACCAAGCUACGAAAUUCGUACUUGGCAAGAUCGACGCCGACUUCGUUCCCCAAAAGACUGGCAAGCUCACUGGAAAAGAGUCCUUAGCUGAACGAUGGAUCUUACACAAAUUGACCAUCGCAGCCAAAGAAAUCAAUCUAGCACUUGCCGACCGAGAGUUCAUGAAAUCCACAUCCGUCGUCUAUGCGUUCUGGUACAACCAGCUCUGCGACGUCUACAUCGAGAACUCGAAAGCCAUCCUCCAAGACGGAACACCAGAAGAGAAGAGAUCAGCCCUUGACACCUUGUACACCACUCUUGAAGGCGGCUUAACAAUGAUCCAUCCAUACAUGCCAUUCCUGACCGAAGAGCUCUGGCAAAGACUUCCCCGCCGUCCACAAGACAAGACUCCAUCCAUCACUCUCGCCAGAUACCCCGUCUACGAUGCCGAAAUGGAUGACCCCUCAUCAGAAGCCGCAUACGAGCUCGUCCUCAGCGUAUCAAAGGGCAUCCGAUCCCUUAUGGCCGAAUACUCACUCAAAGACGAAGGAAAAGUCUUCAUCCAAACCCACGACUCCACCGCCCACAGCACCGUAACCUCCCAAAUCCAAUCCAUCAAAUCCCUCUCCGGAAAAGGCGUCUCGUCCCUCUCCAUCCUCUCCGCAACCGAGUCCCGCCCCUCCGGCUGCGUCGUCUUCUCCGUCUCAGCCGCUGCUUCCGUCUUCCUGCACGUAAAAGGCCGCGUUGACAUUGACGGCGAGAUUUCCAAGGCGAGCAAGAAAUUAGAUAAGACGAAGCAGGGAAUCGAGAGACAGCAGAAGAUUUUGGGGGAUGAGGGGUACAAGGAGAAGGUUGCGAAGGAGUUGCAAGAGGUUGAGAUGAGAAAGUUGGCGGAUUUGGAGACGGAGAGGCAGGCUUUUGAGGAGACUAUUAAGCAGUUUGAGGCGUUGAAGACGGAGUGAAUGAGGAAUGGCGGUGAAGUUUGUGAGGAGGACGUUAUGAUCAUUGUUGCGUUGCCGAAAAAGAGCUUGACUGUAUGCUGAUAGAUCAAUAUUCAUAGGGAAGAUAAAAAAGAUAUGAGUAGAGAAACAUGCCCCCUACUACUGCAAUUGGAUUAUGUUUCAGUGGUUUAUUUUUUCUUGCUAUCUAGUAGUAUGUCAUCGAUUGACGGG